AUGGAGACUGCAGUGUUCACCUGCUGGCUCCUGUUUCUGCUGUUCAGCCCGGCUGUUCCCAUGUGUUUCCCCACUGACUUCACCCUGUAUGUGGAGAGGCCAGAGUGUGACUACUGUGUUGCCAUCAACACCACCAUCUGCAUGGGAUUCUGCUACUCAAGGGACAGCAACGUGAGGGCUAUAGUCGGCCCACGCUUCCUUAUCCAGACCGGCUGUACCUAUGACAAGGUGGAGUACCGCGCCGCGAUACUGCCCGGCUGCCCCGUCGACUCCGACCCCGUCUUCAGCUACCCGGUGGCUCUCAGCUGCCACUGCGGUGCCUGCAGGACGGAGAGCGAUGAGUGUGCUCACAGGGCCAGCAUGGGCGGACCUAGGUGUACCAAACCGGUGAGACGUAUCUACCCGUACCCUGGCCAGACCUCCUACAUGACCCCCCUCUGA